AUGGUGUGGCUCUCGGGAUUGGCCCUGGCAGCGCUGGCUGUAUUCCUUGGCCAUGGAUCGGCUGCUCCCAACGGGAACUGUCCAAGAGACUGGCCAUACGCGCCCUUCAAAACUGAAGGCAGAGAUAUCGUGAACGCGAAGGGAGACAAGGUGAAAUUUGCGGGAGUCAAUUGGCCCAUGUCUGGUGAAAGUAUGAUUCCUGAAGGCCUCGAGAAGAAAUCUGCGUCGGACAUCCUAGACGAUGUCGCAGGUCUGGGCAUGAACUUCCUUCGAAUGGGCUACUCUGCCCAGAUGGUCGAUGAAAUAUACCAGGCAGGAGGAGAGGAUGUGUCCCUCGAGAAGGCCAUCAUUGCAGCGAUGGGAGAGCAGAACGGCACAUCAGUCGUGGAGAACAUGAUCAAGCACAACCCAAAGUGGACUCGCGAGACAGGCCGCUUCGAGAUAUGGAGCGACAUUGUCAAGCUUGCUGCUGAGCGCCACAUCUACGUCCACCCGGACAUGCACAUUGCCAAGGCGGGCUGGUGCUGCGGCCACGCCGAUGGAAGCGCCUGGUUCGGCGACGAGGAUUUCUCCGUGGCCAACUGGACAAGGGCGCUGAGCUACGUGGCCGACUGGGCUGCCGAGCAUGACAAUAUCGUGUCCAUGGCGCUGGUGAAUGAGCUGCGCCAGCCUUGGGUCGAGAACUACCCCAAGUUUGGAUACAACUGGAUGACCCUGGUCGGAAACAUGACUCUUGGGUCUGAUGCCAUCCAUAAGGCAAACCAAGACCUGCUCAUCUCUUGGUCCGGCUUGCAGUUUGACGAAGAUCUUUCUGCACUUACCAGUGGGACAAACCUGCUCUCCUCGCCUUGCUACAUGUGUGUAUCCAACCGACAAGCGCCUACAACGGAUCCAGUGGUGUUCAACUUGGCGGACCACGCGUGGGGAGACAAGGUAUUCUACGAGCUGCAUCUGUACACCAUGACGGAGGACCUCGACAUGGGAAGCUGCGGCAUCAUCAAGGCGCAGCUGUAUCGCGCAGGCUUCAAUGCUCUCGGAAUGGAUCCUCCGGAGGACUGCGCCCUGCUGGAGAAUCACUGGCUCGGGCCAUGCCGACCAGCAUCACGACUGACGCCCGUUGCCAUGACUGAGUUUGGCACCGCGCAGGAUGCAAGUCUGCUGAGCAGCGCGUACAUCCAGUGCCUGCGGGAGUUUACCACGGAGAAUGACGUGAGCUGGGCCGUGUGGGCUCUCGCAGGGAGCUAUCGCGUGAGGUCAGGCAAGCAGGAGGUGGACGAUACCUGGGCGCUGUUUGACUUUAAUUGGGAUAACUGGAGGUUCCAGGAGGGCAUUGACACGGUCUGGAAGCCGUGGGUGAAGGCGACAAUCGGGUAG